AUGUUUUAUGACUUGAAUAUUCCGUAUCCAGUUCAACACAGUCAGAACAUCGAAUAUGCCCAAAAUGAGCUACGCAAGAGUAUCGAUACACUAGUAAAAUUUGGAUAUCAUAUCGUAGCAUACAAUAACACAGUCACCGGAAAAGUAGCUUCAAAAAAGCCCAAUCCCAUUCAGAAACCGAAUAAUGAGAAAAUAAAGCAAUAUACACGCCUAACUGUAGUCAUCGACGAUCCAGGUCAGAAUUAUGGUUUGACAUCGACGAAUUCCACGAUAUCAUCUUAUGACCUAGUUGCGGUUCAACCGACUAACGAGAAACUCUUCCAGAUGGCAUGCGGCACUUUCGAUGUGGAUAUUAUAUCACUUGAGAUGGGAAACCGAUUACCGUUCUACUUCAAACACACAACAGUAGGAUUGGCUAUUGAUCGAGGCAUCUAUUUUGAGAUUUCGUAUGCGCCUGCUAUUCGAGAUUCUGGAAGUCGAAGACAGCUCAUUAGUAACGCACAGAAUCUAGUAAGAAUCACUCGCGGAAGAAACAUCAUAAUCACCAGCGAUGCACAACGAGCAAUGGAACUUCGAGGACCAUAUGAUAUCAUCAAUUUGUUAGUCAAAUGUCUUUACAACUCAUUAAGCCAACUCUACUUUUGGUAUUAA